GGCCUACUUCGUGCUGGUCCCGCGCUCCAUGGACAACUUGGCCGCUGGGCGUGCCGUGGAGCACGUCGAGAUGUUUUACGAGGUGAGUGGGCGAGGGAGCUCCCCUUUCCAGAAUCUGCCCUUGUCUGCUAGGAUAUUUGGCAAAAGCUAGUGACUGACAGACCGUCGUUAGAUGAGCAUGAUGUCCUUCGUCGGCUACGCCAACUCGCUGGUGGUGGAGAGCGGGAUCCUGCACGAACUUCCCCAGGCCAUUCUCACGCAGCACCGCAUCUUGCGCGAAGAUGCUACCAAGAUUGAGCUCAUUGCGGGGGAGAAGGCAUCGGAUGCCAGAAAGCGCGAGCGCGACCAGGCCGACUUGGACACGCUGAAGAGGGUGCUGGAGACGCUCAAGGGGUUUUCGGGGUAAUCUGACCGCAGGGGGCCGGCCUGUUUUGGUCACUUCUUCAUCAUGUUUUGGCUACCCGUUAUCUACCCGCAAAGUUUGCAAAUGCCCAAGGAGAUCCGGUGAUAUAUGGCGUUGUUAUUUAUUCAAGAUCACUCAUUCUCGCCGAUUGGGGGGGAACAUGUUGGUCGGAGAAUAAGGGGGAUGCUCUCACUUACAAUCAGAAGAGGGAACGCCCCAGCCUAUUAUUAGCUUUUUUUUAUUUCUCGUUUGGCUUGGUUAUGUACCUUUUUUGAGAUUGUUGGUUCAGUCCCGUCGAUCAAACGGGAGAAGGGAUGUGGGG